AUGUCUGGCUACGGCGACUACAACCAGGGCUACAACCAGGGUGGCUACCCUCCACAGGGUCAAGGCUACGGCCAGCAGGGCUACGGUGGUCAGCAGGGCUAUCCCCAGCAAGGCUACGGUCAGCAGGGCGGCUACGGCCAGGAGGGUUAUGGUCAGCAGCAGCAACACCAGCAACACCAGCAACACCAAGGCCAGAGUGCCUCCAACGACUACUAUGGUGGACAGCAACAGCAGCCUCAGUAUGGUGAGCAGCAGGGCUAUGGCCAGCAGCAGCAGCACCAGUACGGCGAGCAGCAAGGUUACGGCCAAGACUACAACCGCUCCGGAUAUGACCAGCAGGGUGCUCCCGGCCAGGCCCAGGAGGGCGAGCGCGGUCUCGCUGGCGCCCUCGCCGGCGGCGCGGCGGGCGGUUUCGCCGGCCACAAGGCCAACCACGGCAUCCUCGGAACUAUCGGUGGAGCGAUCAUCGGCAGCAUCGCCGAGGAUGCCAUCAAGAAGCACAAGCGCGACGCGAGCCCUGGCGGGCACCAUGGGCAGCCCGGUCCCUAUGGCGGUCCCCCUUCCAGCCACAGCGGCAGCAGCGGCAUGAUGGACCAGCUGGGCGGCUUCUUCAAGAAAUAG